AGGAAAAAGCGUCUCGUCUCGCCAGUGAUUGCGCAGCCAGAAGAGAAGAGAGGAGAAGGGAGGGGAGAUUAUCUCAGUUCUGCUAGCUUUCGGAAGCGGCGAUACUUUGCACUGCGCGUCUGUAUUUACGCGGUUUGUAAAUCUUCUGUGUAGAUUUCCUACGACAGUUUUUUGUACUUUCUUCCCGGGACAUGGAACCGAGUCGGGCUCCUCGAGUGACGUAUCGGUGAUUCUUUCUGCAGGCAGCGAGCAGAUGUAGAGCGCGCUUGUAGUAGUUUGCUGAUUACUGUUUUGCCUUGUGUAGCAUGACAUAAGACUAGCGAAUCUGAUGGUUAGCGUGUCCGAAGACCUGCUGAUACGAGGACAAGAAUGUACCCUCCAAAAGCCAAGUGCUUUUUACUAAAAAGCUAGAUUUUGUCUUUUAAAACUCGUAACGUUAUUGCAGCGAUACAAGCGUUCAUGCCGAGAUAACUGUGCCUAACGGAAGAUAUUUUCUAUUGUAUUUUUUUAAUCAGCACAAAGAUAUCUAGGGGGGUUAGUGUUUCCUUUUUUUAAUCGAUGACUCUGGACCACCUGAAACACUCAGCAAUCCUUUCAACUUUGUUUAAAAUGGCAGACGACAAUGAUUUGAUAGGAGCAUCCGAGUUUAUAAAAGAACGACUGUAUUUUGCAACGCUAAGAAGCAAGCCAAAAAGCACAGCAAACACACACUACUUCAGCACGGAUGACGAGUUUGUGUAUGAAAACUUCUAUGCAGACUUUGGACCUCUGAACCUAGCCAUGCUUUAUAGAUACUGCUGUAAACUCAACAAGAAGCUUAAGUCCUUCACACUGACGAGGAAGAGGAUCGUCCACUACACCAGCUUCGACCAGCGCAAGAGAGCAAACGCUGCAGUGCUCAUCCCGACAUAUCAUGUGAUUUAUUUAAAGAAAACUCCAGAGGAGGCAUAUAGGGCUCUGAUCUCUGGCUCCAAUGCCUCCUAUCUCCCCUUCAGGGAUGCUUCUUUUGGGAACUGCACAUUCAACUUGACCAUCCUUGAUUGCUUACAGGGAGUCAAAAAGGCUCUACAGCAUGGGUUCUUCCAGUUCGAAACCUUCGAUGUUAAUGAGUACGAGCACUAUGAGAGGGUGGAGAAUGGAGACUUUAAUUGGAUCCUCCCGGGGAAGUUUCUGGCUUUCAGUGGACCCCACCCCAAGAGUAAAGUAGAGAACGGUUACCCCCUCCACGCACCAGAGGCGUACUUUCCAUACUUCCGCAAGCAGAACGUUACCACGGUGAUCCGUCUCAAUAAGAAGAUCUACGAUGCCAAGCGAUUCACAGACGCCGGUUUCGACCACUACGACCUCUUCUUCGUGGAUGGCUCCACCCCCAGUGAUGUCAUUAUGCGGCGCUUCCUGCACAUCUGUGAGAGCACGGACGGGGCAGUGGCCGUUCACUGCAAAGCUGGUCUGGGCCGUACGGGAACUCUGAUUGGCUGUUACCUGAUGAAGCACUACCGUUUCACGGCGCCCGAAGCCAUCGCCUGGAUACGCAUCUGUCGGCCCGGCUCUAUCAUUGGACCACAGCAACACUUCCUGGAGGAGAAACAGGCCCUCUUGUGGCAGCAGGGGGAAGUGCAGCGGGCGCAGCACCAGCAGCGGGUGUUGGACGACAGGGGUGUGAGCCACCUCAUCUCCAGCCUGGACCACAUGAGUCUCACCAGCUCCUACCUGAGGCCCUCCCACGAGGAGAAUGACUCUGAGGAGAACGGGCUGUGUAUGACUCAAGGAGACAAACUUCGUGCCUUAAAGGGGCGUCGCCAUCCCAGAUCGGCCACCACAGGAGCCCUCAGGCUUGAGGAGAUGAAACUGCACACCAGGUCACCAUCCCAGCCUUUCAGCAGGGUGAGCUCCGUGGGCAGUGCGCAGGGCUCCAUGUCUCCUCUGAAGGCCUCAAAGGUCUCUUCCUCCUCCUCCUCUUCCUCCUCCGCCACGGCCAAGAGGAUCAGCCGCACUGCCCUCUCUUCCACCAACAUCAGAAGUUCCAUAAGCUGUAGGUUAGCCAGUUCCCUCGGCAACCUGCGUGACGGUUCAGAGGAGCGACCGACAUACUGCGGCCCGCCUGCCCCCCCCACCUCCUCCUCCUCCACCUCCUCCACCUUCUCUCCCUCCAGCAGUGCCUUCCUUAGCUACACCUCCGCUAACGCCACGCGCAAUUACAACUACGAGAUCAACAACAACAAUCAGUACAACUCCGCCUCCAGUCCCGCCUCUGCUACGCAGGCCACACCCACCACCAGUGCUGGUCCUGUCCCCUCUUCCCAGACCACUCCCUCUGGUCGUCUGGGCUCCUCCUCCUCAGGCCGCUACCUCAGCCGAUCGAUCCCUUCCCUUCAGUCUGAAUAUCUUCAGUACUAAAGCUGCCACCCUACGCUAAGCACACGCACACACACGGCCUGAGGAUUCACCGAUGGACACACACACACGGCCUGAGGAUUCAGCGAUGGAUACGCACACACACACAGACACACACACACGGGGCAUGAGGAUUC